UCUUGGUCCGUGUUCUGUGCUGUGACCCUGCUUCCCACAGCUGUAAGGAGAGCGGGGUGAGGUCGGAAUCCGCGCUAUGGCUGCAGUGACCUAUGAGGAUGUGCAUGUGAACUUCACCCAUGAAGAGUGGGCUUUGCUGGAUCCUUUCCAAAAGAGUCUCUACAAAGAUGUGAUGCUGGAGACCUACUGGAACCUCACUGCUAUAGGAUACAAAUUGGAAGACGAGGAACACUCUCAAUGCUCUAGAAGAUAUCGAAGACAUAAUAUCUGUCACUCUGGAUAUAAACCUUGUGAACGUAAAGGAUAUGGAAAGAAGCAAUGUACCUUUGCAAGUAAAAGAUUUCUUCAAAUAUAUGAAAGAAUCCAUACUGAAGGGAAACCCUAUGAAUGUAAACAAUGCAGUCAAAUCUUUGCUAAUUUAUGUCAUCUUCAAAAACAUGAAAAAAAACAUACCAGAGAAAAACUAUAUGAAUGUAAUCACUGUGGUAAAGCCUUUCCAAGUCGCAGUUCUCUUCAAAUACACAACAGAACUCAUACGGGAGAGAAACCCUAUAAUUGCAACCAAUGUGGUAAAGCAUUUGCAUGUAGCAGUAAUCUUCUACAACACAAAAGAACUCAUACAGGAGAGAAACCCUAUGAUUGUAAGGACUGUGGUAAAGCAUUUUCAAGUAGCAGUAAUCUUCAAAUUCAUAGAAGAAAGCACACUGGAGAGAAACCCUAUGGAUGUAAUCAAUGUGGUAAAGCCUUUGCAUAUAGCAGUGCUCUUCAAAAACAUGAAAGAAGUCAUGCUAGAGAGAAAAUCUAUGAGUGUAAUCAUUGUGGUAAAGCUUUUGCACAUCAUGGAAAUCUUCAAAAUCGUGAAGAACAUCAUACUCUUGUAAAACCAUAUGAAUGUAGUCAAUGUGGUAAAGCCUUUGCAUAUAGCAGUAAUCUUUAUAUUCAUGAAAGAAGUCAUACUGGAGAAAAGCCAUUCAAAUGUCCUCAAUGUGGUAAAGCCUUUCCAAGUCACAGUUCUCUUCAAAUACAUGAAAGAACUCAUACAGGAGAAAAACCCUAUGACUGUAAUGAAUGUGGUAAAGCCUUUUCAAGUCGCAGUAAUCUUCACGAACACAAAAGAACUCAUACAGGAGAAAAACCCUAUCGUUGCAUUAAAUGUGGUACAGCAUUUGCAUAUAGCAGUAGUCUUCAAAAACAUGAAAAAACUCACACUGGAGAGAAACCUUAUGAGUGUAAUCAAUGCGGUAAAGCCUUUACACGUCGUGCUACUCUUCAAAUACAUGAAAGAAGUCAUAGUGGAGAGAAACCUUAUGAGUGUAAUCAGUGUGGUAAAGCCUUCGCAAGUCGUAGUAGACUUCGAUAUCAUAGAAAACACCAUACUGUUAAGAAACCAAAUUAAUCAGUGUAGUAAAGCCUUUCCAUGUUGAAGUCAUCUUCAAACACAUGAAAGGAAUCAUACUGGAAAGAAACUAUGAGCGUAAUCAAUGUGGACAAGGCUUUAUAUAUCACAGUAGUCUUCUUAAUCACAAAACCAAUGUCAUAUGGAGAGGAACCCUACAAAUGUAAUUGAUGCAGUAAGCUUUGGCAUGUAAGUAUAAUAUUCAGACAUAUCAAAAAACUCAUACUGGAGAGAAACCUUGUGAAUGUGGUCAAGUGAUAAUGCCUCUGCAUGUUAUGGUCUUCAAAGGCAUGAGAGAAUUCCUACUGGUUAGAAACACCCUGAAUCCAAUAAAUGCAGUAAGCCUUAUGCAUACACAUACAAACAUGCUAUGGCCCCAAGAGGCACUGUGCACUGAUGGUUGGUAGUUGAAUGCUAUUGCUCAAAGAAACAACAAAUCCAAUAUCCUGGUCGCAAGAUCCACUUUGUCUCAAGGUACUCAGGACUCCUACUCAGCAGGUAGUAGUCUAAUGAUAACAUUGCUUCCUUUACCCUAUAUCCUUUUUCUCUUUCAGAUUUAGUUUUAGGAAGUUGAAAGGGAAGAAGAAGAGGGAUGGAGAAGGGUAGAAGAAGUAACCUACUAGUACAAUUGGCACUCAGACAUGGAGCUAGGCAGAUUGAGAAAUUUUAUUUCAAGUGCCCUAGAGGAAACAGCUGAGAAUAAAGGAAAGGAUUUUUGUUUCAAGACACCAGUAAAACAGUUUUUGUGGGUUCUUACCUUGGGAUAUUUCUGUACCUGUUUCCAGGGAGGAUCUUGUGUGUUUGUUUUGUUUUAGUUUUUGUUGUUGUUCUGGUUUUUUGUAUUUAUUUUUUGUUUUUUUCUUUUUCUUCUCCCCAUAUCCUGUGUCAGAAACGGUAGGGAGAAUGGCUCAGCAGUUGGAAAAAUUGGGACUGAAAAUGGAGGAACUGAAAAACAAAAAUGGCAGAGAUGAGAAAACAAAAAGGUUCACUCUGCUUUUUCUUUUUUGAAAGGUUUACUGAUUGUCAGGGCUACUGGAAAAAUUGCGGAUGGAGGUUGCAGAACUUGGGAAACUACACGCAUUGGAAAAGGGAGAACAAAAAGCCUCAGUCCAAGUGACUACACAAGACAGCAGGACUUUCUGACAGGAAUAAAAUGGGAAAGAAACUGCUCUGGAGGGUCCUCAGAUCAGAGAAAAGCUGAAAAGAAAGGAUGGCAGUCUGAUGAAACAGCUGAUUUCAAGAGAAAAGGUUAAUCUCAAAACAGUUGUGCUACCAGAGUGGGAGGCAGGGCAUCCUGGAGUUGCAAAAUCACUAUCAUCUUUCCCAGUAAUCAUGUAGCAUAUGCCUUCUAAUAGGGUGAUAAAAAGUUAUGACAAGGUAGGAUAGAGUCCUGUUGAUGUCCUCAUCUUAUGUGAAACAAAUUCUAAAUGACUGCUCUACUCACAAUCUUUGCACAUGCUGAAAGGAAGGACCUAUGAAUAUCAAAAAGUGAAAUAGUGUAAGGGGAGUGAAUAUAGUAAAAGACCAAUUGCUAGGCAAAGGGCAGUACUCUGACAUACAGGAACAAAAGCAAUUCAAUUCUGUUACUAUAGAACAAUGUUGCUUAGUGGCUUUAAGACCUUUGGACAAAUGAUGUAAGAUAAUGAUAUAAGAUCCACCUCGUUCACUGAUUUUUUUUUUAAAACAAAUAUUAGUCUCAGCUGUAAAGAAGGCUGUAUCAGAUCCUGAUGUAAGACAGGUGUUGAUAGAGACCUUGGCAGAGGAAAAUGCAAAUACAGAAUGUAAAGAAGGUAUUACACCAUCAAAGGCUUGGAAAGCACACAUGGAUGAGUGGAUAAAGGAUACAACCAAUAUUGGUUCUAACUUGUAUCAUGUUCAUAGCAUAGAUAAAACUAUAGCUAGAAGUCUCUAAUAUCAAAAUGCAUCAAUUGCUUGAAAUAUACUCAUUUGAAGAGAUAGUGACCAAGCCAUUAAAGAUCCCAGAUUACAAAAUGGCAGUGUGUUAAAUGCAAGAAAUAUGGUACUUGGCAAUGAAAAAGUAAACAAGGCAUCUUUAAACGUAAUGGUUUUUCUAAAUAUACACUAGAAAAACAUCCUAGUCAUCGAAGUAUGUACAGGGAAUGUGGCAGUGGUUUACAUUGGACCAAUGCAAGCUUCUGCAGGCUGUGCUGCUCUAUACCUGAUCAUAGAUAAACAUCUUACUGUACCCACCAAAACUCAAUGUUAUGAAAUAUAUACUGGAGUUUAUAGUCUUUUGCCUGCCAGGACAGUAGGAAUGAUCUUGGAAAUAUGCAGAUUGACCUCUCAAGGAUUCACUGUUUAUCCAGAAAUUAAAGAUGAAGAUUUCAAAAGAGAAAUUAAAAUUAUAGCCUAUGUGAAAACAGAGAUAGCAUUUAAUGCAGGUGGUAGGAAUUGCUGAGCUUCUACUGUUUCCCUACAUCAAAGCCAAAAUGGGUCAAGUAAAAACAGGAGGGUUUGAAAGUACUAGAAAACAUGUUCUGGGAAAGUGUUAUUAAUGAUCAGAGGCCAAAAUUAAAAUUGCAAGUAAAUGGUA